AUGGCUGCUGAUAACAAGCACGAGGCUGUCCGCAUCGAGAAUACUUUGGGAAAGGAACACACCGUGGAUGAAUCGCACCUUGACCAAAACAUACACUUGAACGAUGCGAUACAAGCGGAAAUCGAUAAAGAUGAAAAAAGAGUUCGAAAAAUAAUCCGAAAAGUCGAUUUUCGUAUGGUUCCCAUCUUGGGUUUGUUGUACAUGUGGGCACUGAUUGAUCGAGUGAAUUUGCCAAACAUUCAAAUCGCAGGCAUGGGCAAAGAGCUUGAGACGACGAAAGGCAACCGAUACACGCUAGUCACCAUGAUCUUCUUCGUGACCUAUAUCCUCUUCGACUACCCCUCCAACAUCGCUCUUAGAAAAUUCGGCGCAGCGAAGUGGCUUGGCUUCAUCGGGACUGCGUGGGGAUGUCUGACCAUCGCCAUGGGUUUUGUGCAAUCUUGGAAGACGUUACUCGUCUGCCGUGUAAUCUUUGGUGCGCUCGAGGCCGGAAUGGCACCGGGCUGCAUUUACCUACUUGGUGCCUGGUACACACGCUACGAGGUUCAGAAACGCUUUGCAGCUUGGGCUUGCAUUGGUGUCUUCGGCUCGGGCAUAUCGUCUGCACUCGUCUACGGUAUCACUACCAUCGGCCGUGUAGGGGGGCUGAACGCCUGGCGUUGGAUCUUCAUUAUCGAAGGACUCGUCAGUGCUGCAGUUGGCAUCGUAGCCGGCAUCAUCCUUAUCGACUUUCCCGAUCGUGCGACGCGUCCUGGCAUUUUUUUCAAAAAGGGCUUCCUCACGCCUGAAGAAGCUGCGAUUGUGCUCGCACGCAUAGAGCGUGACCGGGCAGAUGCCGUUCCCGAGCCUUUCACUCGCCGCAAUGUGUUGCGCGCGUUGUCCGAUUGGAAGAUGUGGCAGUUCCCGUUCCUGCUCUUUUGCAACAACCUCACCGUUUACUCUUUUUCUUACUUCCUUCCCAUCAUCUUGCACGGGUCCAUGAACUACUCGACCAAGAUGACAUACUUCCUCACUAUACCGCCCUAUGUCUGCGCCUCAGUCUGGAUGUUCGCCAUCGGUUGUCUAAACGAUCGCCUCAAAGUGCGCGGUCCGACUAUUAUUGUACAGUCGCUUAUUAUCACACUGGGCAUAUGUUUGAUGGCCUUUGCGAGCAACGCCGGCGCGCGGUACUUUGGCGUGUUCCUGGCUGUAGGUGGCACAAACUCGAACAUCCCAACUAUAUAUGGAUAUCAACAUAACAAUCUCAGUAAGUGCAUGUCUCGUCUAUCGCGCCGCGUCGAUCAGGUACUCCGUGUCAUCCCAUGGUAG